AUGACUUGGAUUUGGUUCGAUUAUUCAAUGGACUUUUUCUUGAGGUUUGCCGAAUGCGUCUUUUGGAAGAGAAUGCAAAGACAAAAGAGUCAACAGGAUGUAUUAGGUGUUGAAAGAUUAGAUCUUGCCUAUCGAGAAAUGACAGAGAUCAAUCCAAAGAUUGUAGAAAAGUUUGGAGGUACUGUUAAAUCUUUAGAUCUAACAAGUAACUUUUUAGAAAAGGACUUGAUGGUAUUAGAAGGAUUUAGACAAUUACAAACAUUGGUAUUAGAUGAUAAUAGAUUGACAUCACAUACAAAGUUCCCAAUGAUGUCACAGUUGCAUACAUUGUGGGUCAAUGGAAACAAUAUAGAAAAUUUACCAAUGUUUAUUGACAAGUUGACGGGUACGAUGCCUUCACUCAAGACAUUGAGUAUGAUGAAGAAUGUGGCGUGUCCAAACUAUUUCAAUGGACACUCGUUGCGUGAAUACAGAGAUUAUAGAUUAUAUGUUAUUAGUAAACUGCCUGGGUUGGUACAGCUCGAUGCCGAGACGGUCACAUUAGAGGAGAAACAAGAGUCGGCACGUGUCUAUGGUGGUGCCAAAACUGACAUUAAAGAGGCUGCUGCCAAACCAUUUACCAAAGGUGAGGAGGAUGUCGAAGAAGACCCCAAGAAAAAGAGAGAGGAUGCCGAGAAACAACUCAUCGUCUAUAAACUUGCCAAAAGACAAGACCGUGAUGAAAGAAGAAAGAAGAGAGUUGAAAAACGUGAGAAACGUUCACAAAAACAAUUGGUUAAAGAAAAAGAACAAAUUCAAAAAGAAAAGGAAAAGAUUAAAAAGGAUGAUGAUUUUACAGAUUCCGAGGAGGAAGAUGAAGAAGAGGAUAGAAAAAGAGAGGAAGAAAAGACAAAAAAGAAAGAAAAGAAAUUAUCAACAAUACCAACACCUCCACCUGCUCCACCUCUUCCAUCAGGUUCAAAAGGAGAAGGAAAUAGUGAAACCAAUGGAAAACAACUACCAAUAUUCCCAAGUGAACAAGCACCACUUGCAAUCAUACCACCAAUUCCAACACGACGUGUUAGCGAGUAUGAUGUGGCAGAUGAUGAAGCUAGUAGUCUUGUCACUGACGACUCGGAUCAAUCCGAUUUACCUGUACAUAAAAAAUCAACCUUUUCUCCAGUUCCACCUCCAUCUCUAUCAUCUACCAACAACAACAAAAAUGUAUAUUCUCCUUCACCUGCAACAAAACAAAAUCAAGAUAGUGAUGAUGAUGAUGAUGAUGAUGACGAUGAUGAUGAUGACGACGAUGAUGAGACAACUACAUCAGAAUGGUCGUCAGAUGAAAUGUUGGAACAUGGAAAUGGUGAUGAUGACGACGACGAUGAUGACUUGGACCCAAGAUUAGCCAACAAAUUCCCAACUAUUUUAACACUAAAAGAUCAAUACUAUCAAGAUGAACAGGAUAGUGAUGACGAUGAUGAUGAUGAGGAUGAACAAGAGGUCACUCAUUACCGAAUCCCAGUUGCUCCAAGACCAUAA